UGUUAAGAUUGUCUAUACAUUUUAAGCAUUAGUUUGUGAUUGUGAUAUGUAAUUUAACAAAGGAAAUAAUAACUAAUACAAGUGUCAGUCAUCCGUUUGUAAUAAAAAGUGUUGGGAGUACAAUUAACUAAUAUUAAAUUUUACGUAUUUGCUAAUACACCCAGAGAAGAAAAGUAACGGCAUUCCUAACCUAUUCACCAUGAAGUGCUCAGAACUGAUAUUUGUGUGGUGAUGUAAAAUGUUAGAGACAUAGACAUAGCACCAAUACUUUAAUAAUAGCCAUUAAAUUAAGAAACAUGAUUUUUUAAUGGAUUUUAUGAAUACUUACGAUUCAUUGCUUAUAUUCCCAGGUGCAUAUUUACAAUCCAUUUUUAACAUAGUACGAAACAGUGAACGAGAAUUUCGGUAAACGCGUAAUCAUCAGGUGAUUCUUAGCGCAUGCUUAUUCUAGAUUUGAAUAGAACCGCCAACAUGGAUAACCGGCUUGAAUCUCAUUUUAUUUCAAACUGUCAAGAAUUUAGGUUAGUUAGUGCUUACCGGUUAUCAUGCCGUCGGAAAAAUUAGAGAAAGUUGUUAUGAAACCUUUUAAAAUGGAUCCAGCUCAAAAUAAUUCUCAACAAGAACUAGUAAGGGAAAAUCCAGAAAAUGAAAGGAGAAUGCGAGAUGUUACUUUUCGCGAGUGGGUUGUUGUUGCAAUAUUGUGUUUUGUCAAUUUAAUAAACUAUAUGGAUAGAUUUACUAUUGCAGGAGUCUUGGACAAAGUAAAAUUAUACUACGGCAUUCAGAAUGAUUCGGGGGGAUUACUGCAAACCGCUUUUAUACUCAGUUAUAUGUUAUUUGCUCCUAUAUUUGGAUACCUAGGAGAUAGAUAUAACAGAAGAUACAUUAUGGCCUUUGGAGUAUUAAUGUGGAGCGUUACAACUUUAUGUGGAUCAUUUAUGACGAAUUUCUAUUGGUUCAUUUUUUUCCGGGCGUUAGUCGGAAUAGGAGAAGCAAGUUAUUCAACCAUUGCUCCAACAAUAAUUAGCGAUUAUUUCGUGGGAGAUAUUCGAUCCAAAAUGUUGGCAAUAUUUUAUUUUGCCAUUCCUGUAGGAAGUGGUAUGGGCUAUAUUAUAGGCUCUGAAACUGCCGAUCUACUGGGGCAAUGGCAAUGGGCACUACGUGUAACACCUGCCUUAGGGGUAGCAGCUGUUUUACUUAUUUUAUUUAUACUGAAUGAUCCUGAAAGAGGCCAAAGCGAAUGCAGUACUCAUAUGGAACCUACUCCUUGGUUAGAGGAUCUCAAGGAUAUCGUUCGCAACCGAAGUUUCAUGUACUCUACAGCUGGAUUCACUUGUGUAGCCUUUGUAGCAGGUGCAUUAUCUUGGUGGGGUCCAUUGUUUAUUGAAAAAGGCUUAAAACUACAGUCUAAUACGGAUGUUGAUUCUGACAACGUACCAUUCAAAUUUGGCGUCAUAUCAAUGUUAGCAGGUCUUUUGGGUGUACCUUUUGGCAGUUAUGUUGCACAAAAAUUGCGUGGCAGGUAUCGACGGAUCGACGCCAAUAUUUGCGCAUUUGGUUUAUUGACAUCUGCUCCUCUGGUAUUCCUGGUCUGCGUAACCGCCAAGUACAAUGUUUCAUUAUGUUUCACACUCGUUUUUUUUGCCGAAUUUUUCUUCAACCUCACUUGGUCUAUUAUCGCAGACAUACUUUUGUACGUUGUGUUACCUACAAGAAGAUCUACAGCAGAAGGUUUUCAACUUCUAUUUUCCCAUGCUUUGGGCGAUGCUGGUAGUCCAUACUUAAUAGGAGUGCUCUCUGAAUUAUUCAAAACAUAUCUCCAAUCAAGAUCAAGCUCAAAUUCAACCACAAAGGAUGAUGAGAUUGAAUUUACAUCUUUACAAUACGCCCUCUUUUCAACGUGUUUUGUUGAAAUUAUGGGUGGACUAUUUUUCAUAGUCACCGCAUUUUACAUAGUACAAGAUAAAAAGAAAGUUGACGAUGCAGUUCACGGACAACUUCCUACUGAUCGUAACCACUCAGAGCAGCAAGAGCAGUUACAAGUGGAUUCUUAUUAAAACUUUGAAAUCCUCCGCAAAUUCACGACAGCUUCUAGUAAACAAUCAAGACAAUGAUCACAAUAUUUCUUGAUCAUUCCUGUAUUAAGUAUCGAGAGGAUAUAAUAUGAGUGUAAUCCAUUUCCUCGUCAAAGAAGACUGCAUUUGAACACCAAAACUAACCGAAAAAGUAUAGUAAUAUAGUACAUAUAGGAAAAUAGGUAUAAAUAAAACUACACUUGUUUGAAAAAUUUGAAACAUGAGUAGAGAUUGCAUAGUUAGCUUAAAACAUUCUUUUAUCUAAACUACUUGUCUAGGUUUCAAUAUAUCAUACUACAUUAUUAUUGUAAAGUUUUUAAGUACAGUGAGCACUAUAGAAAUAUAAUAUGAAAUUAAAUACUGAUUAUUAUUUAUAUUCUUAUUUCAUUUCAAUUUAUUACUAAUGGAAAUGCAUUUGUUGGAAUAAAAAACUGAUAUUUUUUGAAAAAUUCCUCUAGUAUACCAAUAGUGCAGUCAUUUGAAUAACCACUAAAAUGCUGAUGAGAUCCUUUUGAAAUCAUUAAACCAAAUUGCAUAAUAUAUAUCACUCAAUUGCAAUAAAUAUUAAUAUUUUUAAGAUUAUCGGAAAAUGUGCUGUGAAUGUGAUCAAAAUAAAAAAAAUACAUACAAUACACACAGAGCAUACAAUAUUUUUUUUAUAUUGAUUACAUUCGCAGCCCUAAUAGACUAUAUACAGUAUUAUUUCCAAAUUAACAUUAACAAGAAUUUUCCGAUAAUCUUAGAAAUAUUAAUAUUUAUUGUUUUUUCUAAAUCUAUUCUCAUUGGUGAUUUGGAGAUACAAAAUAAGAUAGUAUAUAAACAGAAUUAGGAAUUUUGAAAUAUUGUCAAGCUUUGGUAGGCUAAUAGGAAUAAAUGAAAUCAUAUGCAUACAUUUGAGACUCUGUAUAUUAACGUGAAUUAUUGUAUCUAUAUUUGAAAUGAUUUCUUAAGUCUCUAUAAACACUAAAUUAUAAAUCUGUACAAAAAAUUUUGGAUUUCCAGUUUUUCAUUCCAUUUAUCUGAUGCAUUUGUUCUUGAAACAAUAUCAAAUGAAUUUGUUUUAGAAAAAGUGAAUGGACUUUGAGGACAUUACUAAAUUAGGAUCUGAUUAUUUUUCUUUGAUAAUUCUUCUCUGGCACUCUUACACAAUUUCAUAGUAAAUAUCAGUAAUCCAUGGAGAGAACUCUAGCUUUAUAGAUAUAACAAUUCUAAAUGACAUAAGGCUCUGACAAAAUUGAGAUUGUUUUGUGAAUUACUAUAAUAAUGAGAAAAACUUUAGUUAAAAAUUUGUAAACAAGCACAAACUUCAUUCUAAUGCUCAUAUCUUACCAUCAUUUAGAAACUUUUCAUUUAGAAGAAAUAUAAAUUAUUAACAUUUAAAGAUCAAAAUGUAUUUCCAUAAAAUAUUCAAUAUGCUAUAAAAAUGAUCAAUUGUAUAUCAGUUAAAUUAACUUAUUACAAUAGUUAUUUAUUGAUUAACAUGCAGGAUAUGUUUAUUUUAUACCUAUUUUCUGAGUGAAUUGAACUGGUACUAUUUAGUGAAAUUGCUUCCGCUCUAAAUUAUAAGUUGUUUGUAGGGUUCCACUUCGGGUGCCUCGUUUGGAUAAAAAAUUGAAAUAAAACAAUUAAUUUGAGAAGAUCUGCUAUCAGAACAAAACAACAAUUAAACUGUUUCAAACUAUGAUUAAUUGAAUAAAUCAACAAAUCACCUCUAAUUUGUACCCUACUAGGGAUACAGGUGUUUUCAAUGAGAUCGACAGAUGACCCUAUAAGUACAUCUAAUAAAUUAUUUUAUUUGAGUCCUGAGUCAGCAUAAUUUUACUAGCACUCAAAUGAUUUUAUAAGAAAAUUCUCAAUUAAAUAAUUGUUUUCAUUCAGAAUUUCUCGGAAGUUAUGAGCAGGUGUUCUACCUUUUGAGACUGAAAUGUUUUAACCGGCCAACCAAAUUCGUUUAGUACCACAUCUGUUGGUUAAAGAAAAUUUUCCUAAAAUUGAUAUCUGAACAGUGGUUUAUGAAGGCCAAAAUUACCAAUAUUGCAGUCUGCUCUUGGAAUCAUUGAAAACAUCUAAAGGGGUGACAAUGAAAUGAAACUGAAUGUAGGUGAUAUUAGAACUUAUACAAAUUGUUUAUUAUUAUUCAUAUUUUUUUAUAAUUAAAUUAACUUAGUACCUAAUAAAAAAUGUGAUACAAAUAUCACGGAACAUUAUCAAUUGCAACAGACCAACAGACACUCCGCCUAUGAUUGCAUGAAAACAUAGUGGCAAUUGAUUAACAAGUUAGAUUUUGUAAUCCUAUUCUUUAAUGAACACAGCCCACAAUGAUGUAUACUGUGUUAAUAUUUCUCCAAAUUUCUGCAUAAAAAAAGGUUUUUGGAAUUUUGUACUGAAAUAUAAUAAUUAUUUAUGUAAAAUUGCUCAUUUGCCCAAUAUGGCACUUAGAAUUUUUGAUUGGAAUAUAGUUUCUUAGUAACAAACUUGAAAUAAAAAUUAGUCAGCAGUGAGUACCAUGUAGUAAAUUAACCUUAAGAAUUAAGUUAUAAUUAAUUUCAGACAAUAUACCAUAUAAUAAAAUGCAGGAUUUUUCAUUAUGUAUUAUGUAAUAAAUGUAAUGAUUAUGUGUAUACACAAUAAAUGUAGUAGUGUAAAUAGAAGGUGUCCCUAAAUCAAGGAAUAUUUGAAUUAAAUAGAGAAAAAAGCUGUUAAUUAUUAGACUACUAUAUUUAUUAAAUGUUAAAUCAAUUGAGCUAAUUUAAUUUGUAUGUUCUGAUUGCAAAAAUGGUUUUAUUAUAUCUUUUAUAAUACAGAAACAUCUUGAACAAUAGUUUUAUUAUAUAAAUGUAUUGCAACUAAUAAUGAUUUUAGAAGUGGAAUCAACUUUGACUCUACCUUUUCCUGAGUUGUUUAUUUUAUGAAGGUAUUCUGACAUGUGAAGCAAUAUUUAAUUUAUUAACUGUUUCUUUUCUGAUUAUCCAAACAACUAAGCCUUCCAUUACUAUGUGUAUUUGUUAUAAAUGAAUGUAAAAAUUGGCGUCAAUUUUAUUAAUUGUUAAGCUUCAGAUGUAUCUAUUUUGUGUGUGCUCUUUGUGUAUUGUGUGAAUUUCAUGGGAAUUUGUGUGUACCUAUAGAUGUUAAUUGAAAAAUAAUGUGAAUAACUUGUACACAAUAAUAUUCAUAAACUCAAAAAUUUUAUUACAAAGUGGCCUUGGUUAAAUGUAUAUUAUUGAUUGGAAAUAGGUUUUAAUUUAUUAUUGUGGUGAGAGUUUCCUGACUAUUGGACAUAUUACUGUACAAAAAUACUGUCACUUUUAAGCAUUUAUAAUAAAACAGUUAUUGAGUUAGAAUAACGAAAGUUUUCCAAUUAGCUUCAAUUAGAUAAUGUAUUUGAAAAGUCAAGUCUGUUCUAUUUUCACUGGUAGUUGAACUCUCAUUAUAUUACAAAUCUACGGAAAUUUCAAACGAGCAAACACUUUUGAUAGUAUUUUUAAGUUUACUUUUAGAGUUCAUUCCUUUCUACCGUCCAUAACACUAUUUAGUAGUGAUGUGACUUUGUUUACAGUGGGAAUAUAUUUCGAGUGGUUACAUAAUUUUAAAGCUUAAAUUUUCCAAUUAGAUUAUCUAUUAAAAUAGAUUCUCUUGAAGGCUCAUCAUGUUCAACGAAUCUAAAUAAAUAUAUUGAGGUUGAGUUAUUUUUAAUUUAGAUGUUUUCUGCUCAUUAUAAGUGUAUAUGAAAUAAUUUUGAUAUUCUACAGGGACAAUUCGUUCAAUUACAUCAAAUCUUAUUAAUUGAAUAAAAUAUUAAUCUCAAUUAUCUAUACUUCUUAUUAAAAUUAAUUUGUUUGGGACUCUUAUCUACACCAAUUAUCCACUUUUCACUAAAGCACCAUACAGAACAAUGAAUUCAUUCCAAAUCAUUGAAGGUUCAUUAAUUAUUGGAUGUAUCAAAGCUCGUUAAAGUAUUCUAUUAUCUAUCAAAGUUCUAAUAUUUUGUCUAUGUUGGUAUCACUUUAUUUAUGCACAAAGAGAACUUUCAUUUAUAUGGUGAAUUUACCAAAGUUAUCAAUUUUUUCUGAUGUUUUUCUAAUUUUGUUUUGUGUAUUAAUGUCUCAACUUUUCCUCUACUUUCAAUAAUCUUGAAAUUGUUUUUUACUCACUUUCCUCGUAUAUCAGAACACAUUAAAAGUUAUUUUUUAAAAAGAUACAGAGCACAAUUUUGUAGAAUUUCUCCAGUGGAGGAAACAGUCAGGAUUGUCAUUAAAGUGUAAUCAACCAAUUUUAGAAUUGUUUUAAUCCCCAGCUUUUAACAAUCCUUGAGAAUUCUAUAAUAGAGCAGAAACAUCUACUUUGCUAUUUAUUCUCGUCUAUAUUAACAAGUUCGAAUUGUUGAUUUAAGGACUAAGCAAAUUUUAAUUAUGACGGUAUAAAGAACUUUUAUUUUGUAAUAAUGACCAAUUCUUGAAAACCAAUGUUGAAAUUAAGUUUCUCGUUUAUUUCCAUCAAAAUAUUUUAUGUCUACCUUACUACUUAUUAGUAUUUGUGUGAACCAGUAUUCACGGUAUAGAAGUUCAUAAUGAGUACAAUUGAAUUUCUGUUUUUCAUUUUAUGUAAUGUGUAAUUAUUAUUUACAACAUUCCUCAAAAUGGUGCUGACAGUGAUAAAAGAACAGAUAAUAGCUAUUUUUUACAAUAAAAAGUGAAUUUUCAGUGUUUUGAAAUUUUAAUUAUUGUAUUUUCAUCCUAAUAUAUUUGUUUGUAACUAAUACCCUUAAAACUCAAUAGACUUUGUAGUUACUAAUUUUUGUUAUUCUCAUUCACAAAUAAUUUCAAUUCCAUAUAAUUAAUUUGUUUUUUGGUGGUACAAAAUCUUUAUGAUAUAUAAAAAUAAAAAAGGAAUUUUCAUUAAACAAGGACUUUAAAGUAUUGUUUCAUUAGAUGUGAUAUUAUAUGUAUAUCAAAAUCGUUUCUAUAGGUGUAUUUACUUUUUAUUAUUAAUCAUAGACCAAAUUAUACCAUUAACAAUAUAUAAAUAUGAUGGUUUAACCUGAUAUAUGAUAUCUGUUACUAAGAUCACUAUUAAAAGUUGGUUGGUAUAUUGUAUUUUUUAUAUUAGCAACUUUUCUAGUUUAAAUAUGUGGUUAUUGCAUUUGUUCAAAUUUGUUUAAAAUGAUGCCAAAAAUAGAUGUAUGGAACAUUUUUAAUUUUAUCUGAAAAAAUAUAAAUGGAUAUCAAUUCAGUAAGAUACUGAACUAUCAACAGUUAUUUUUUAGUAUAUAUAUUUUGUGAAUUUUUUGGUAGAAAUAGUUUUGAAUUGGUCAAACCGUAUCUAUCUCAGUAAAUUUUGCAAACAUUCAUUUAUUCCAAUAUUAUCUAUGAUAACAAAAUAUUACUGUUGUAUAUUCAAUUCGAUUAAAUUAUUCGAGCCACAUGCAUUAAAAAUAUUUUUCUUUGUGAAGUCACGUUUAAUAUAUAUAUCAUUAACCUGUAUCCGAGAUUUCUUGAAAAAUACUAGUGUUAUAUGUAUGGUAAAAAAUCACUACUGUAUUCAGUUAUUUCUUUGUGAUCAGCUUCAUCAAAUGGGACUUCUCUAAUAUCAUUAGUUUGCAAAUCUUGAAAAUAGUCUGGUUUAAUAAACCUGGCUCUUGGCUAGAAAGUAUAAACAGUAAAAUAAUAAUAACAAUUUUUGUAUACAAGGAACAAACUCAUAAUCGAGUUGCAUUGACAGGUACCCGAUGACUAGAAGGUUAACAUCUUUAUGCCUGUUUCCUAUUUAGAUUCAAUUUGUGGUGUUGUAAAUCUGUUGUUUUGUCCGAUUAUAAAACUUUGGAUUUUUCAAAGAUUAGAAUUUGACAAUUAUGCAAAGUUCUGUAUUGUAAUUUGUAAGGUAUAACAUCACAUAGUUCUCUUUUAAUUAUUCAAUUAGAGAAAUAGUAAAAUUUUCAAAAUAAUGUACGGAACUAGGUAUUGUAACUAUGACUUAUAAACAUAAUCACGUUAGUAGUUAGCUUUUGAUUUGUAAUUAAGAGUUAAGGGAAAUAUAUUGUGAAACAGGUCAAAUAAACUUAGUUUAAGUUCUCAAUUGCCAUUAUGAUUAUUUCUUCAUAAGCUUAUUCAUUCAAUUCAAUUCUUUCGAGUUGGAAAACAAGUUAUAUAAACUCCAUUAUUUGGAAUACAAAUUUAUAUAUUAUUUUUAUGCAGAGCAAUUAUAUAAGGUAUAUAAGUUGAGGACGUGAAAAUAUAAAUUUGGUAAUAUAGUAAUUUUAAUAUAUUUAUUAUGGAGAAAUAUAGAUUCUAUAUAUUAAUGUGAAUUAACUACUUCAUUAGUUUCAUAUCAUCAUAAAACAUAGUUUCAUUUAUAUAUUCAUUUAUUUAUAUCAAAGAUGUUAGUAAGUGUUACUGAUGCACGUAAUUUUAAGUAGUCCAGUGUGAGUGAAACCAUCUCUGAUAUCAUUUCACAAUUGACUUGAGAUACCCCUAACCUUACCAAAUUGUGAAAAUUUUGAAACAGACGUACAUAUAUGCAAAAUCCUUGUUUAAAGAUAUCAUCUUUUCUCAGAUGUUCAAAAAAUCUACUGUGAAAAAUGUUAAAAAUUUGCAGAUUUAUUUCUUGCAAAAUUAUUAUUCAGAGAUAUAAUCGCUUUUCAGAUACUCAAAGAUCUAGUGUAAAUUUUCAAAAUUUUCAGAUGUCUUCAGUAAGAAUACUAUCAAUAUUUACAUAUAUUCAUAUAACCAACAAAAAUAGUAGUUGCUUUAUUUAAUUAGAUCAUUCAAUCUCAAAGCGACGAAUUACAAGGGAGAAGUGAUCACAUUUUACUUAAUAACAAUAAAGCACAAACUUCCCAAAAGUAUUAUAAAGUUGAGAUUCUGGAAAACUUUUGUGUAUAUUAUGGUAUAAAUAUUCAACUGUAAUUUUUUAGGCUAGUAAAUAAUCACUAGUCAGAUUUUUAUACCAAAAUCUGAAAUAGUGGCUCAUAGUAUUAUUUCUAGUUUCUAUUUUUCUAUUUAAACAAUGUUAUACCAUUUUAAUCAAGUAGCCACACUGAAACUCACCAAAAUAAUGUGAUUGGUGUGAACAGUUUGUUUUUGAUAGAUUUUGAUUGUUUUCAGUAACAAAAAUUAUAUUGUUAAUGUGAUUGAAUAUUGAAUAGGUGAUUGUUUAAUAUGUAUAUUGAUAUUUUUGUUUCUUAAAUGUCGAAAGUUAAUACUUUAUAAAUGAUGAAGUAUAUAAUAGCAUAAUUGUCAACCUAAAAUUAUGGUUAUUGGGAAGGUAUAAUGAAAGGUAAAUGCGCAAUAUUAGUAUUUCCUUUUAAUUUUAUAAGAAUUGUACAGUACAAUCUAAUACCAUUGGCAAUAUGAUUUUUGUUGUAAUCACGAGGAAUCCCUAUAUUUGCAGAGUGCAGAUUGUAAAAUACUAAUUUAAGUUGGUUAUUUAAGACUGAAAACAUGAAAUAUGUAUUUGUAUAUUUUUUUCUUCCCAUUUUGUAAGCCCACAGAUUGUUUUUUUGUUUUUAAAACAUAUUUAUAUAUAAAAUAAAUGUAAAAUAGUGAA